GUUCAUGUCAUUCUGUGGAGACAGCGAGCUGACACAGAAUUCAUUCUUCCCAGUGAUACUUUCUGGAGGAUCAGCUCUCUUUUUGCUGCCUGUGGUGCUGUCACCCAGGAUGAAAAGCUGUAGAUACCCCAGGGCUGCAGCGUGGGCUUUCAGUGACUUGGAUGAGAACUGCACAGAUGCAUCAGAACAGCAUGGGCAGCGACUUCUGGGAAGAUCAUGAAAAACUAAAGGCUGGCUAAUGGACCCCAGUUCCUCUCCCUUCCCUUUUGGCAGCCGUUCAUGAUAACACAAAAGGUCUCCCUGGCACGUUUGAGUCUCCUCCCCAGCGAGCAGUUCAGCCCAGUGCCAUCCACAGGUUUGGGGUGCUUUGAGAGGAGCCCACUGAAUUCCUGCUAGGGGGGCCUGAGCCGCAGCCACAGCAAACCUGCCCAGCUCAUCACUGCACACACGCCUCACAUCUCCCUGGAGCAGCUGCCAGAGGGGCUGAACUUCCCUGUUUCCUGCUCUGCUGCCCAGGUCCUGCUCCAUGACGGCAGAGGCUGGUGGAAACCCACAUCUCUGUGGUUCUGCGUGAGAUCCUCGCCCCGCUCGUCCACGGCCUCUCCCUGCGCCAGCCCCUGCCUGCAGCGCUGCAUCACCACCCACCAGAUGUGCAAGUGGCUGCAAAGAGCUCCCCUCCCUGAGCACAGGUGCUCUCUGUCAAGAAAAAAAAUGGUGAACUUGGAAACCAGCUGGAGAUUGCAAAGUCUCCUUUCCCUUGAGGUUGGUGGUCAAUGGUUGUCAUCUACCACUCCUAAGGACACUAGAAGAGCUCCACGCUAAUUUCUGUAAGGUCUGCUUCACUAUGGAAGAUCAAAUGAUUUUCUGGCUCAGGUUUCGUGAUGUUCGGCAUCUGCCUUGGACCUGGAAUUUGGAAAAGGGAUCGUCUCUGAGGCACGGUUAAAAGACAGAGAAACCAGCCCCAGACAAUGAGCACUUUAAGUAGCACUGGAAUAUUACUCAGCUUAACAACAGUGUCUGUUACACUGGAUUUUAGUUUGCACGGUGGUCUGAUGGCUUGGUCCUUAAGCAGCAAUUUGACUCUGAACCAGAGUUUGCCUACAUCUGAUCCUCUCAACACCUCUGAGAAGGGCGAAGUCUCUCGGAUGUCCGUGAGGGAGAAGAAUUGGCCAGCCCUCCUGAUCUUGGUUGUCAUCCUGCUGACCAUUGGGGGGAACAUACUGGUAAUUAUGGCUGUGUCCUUGGAGAAGAAGUUGCAGAAUGCCACAAACUUCUUCCUGAUGUCGCUGGCAGUAGCAGACAUGCUGGUGGGUAUCCUGGUCAUGCCCGUGUCGCUCAUUGCAAUCCUGUACGAUUAUGCUUGGCCUUUGCCUAAACAGUUGUGCCCUAUAUGGAUUUCCCUAGAUGUGCUCUUUUCAACUGCAUCUAUCAUGCAUCUCUGUGCCAUCUCUCUUGAUCGGUACGUAGCAAUUCGCAAUCCCAUUGAGCACAGCCGCUUCAAUUCCCGCACCAAGGCCAUUAUGAAAAUUGCUGCAGUUUGGACCAUAUCCAUAGGGAUAUCUAUGCCUAUUCCGGUCAUUGGUUUGCAGGAUGACUCCCGGGUGUUUGUAAAUGGGACCUGCGUCCUUAACGACGAGAACUUCAUCCUCAUUGGAUCCUUCAUGGCUUUCUUCAUCCCUCUCAUCAUCAUGGUGAUCACGUACUGCCUGACUGUGCAGGUGCUGCAGAGACAGGCCACGGUGUUCAUGUGUGGAGAGGUGCCCAAGCAGAGGAGGAGCAGCGUGAACUGCCUCAAGAAGGAAAACAACACAGAGAACAUCUCAAUGCUUCACAAUCACGAGGGGGCAUCCCACUUGAACUCCCCUGUAAAUAAGGAGGCGGUGCUUUUCCGGAAAGGAACGAUGCAGUCCAUCAACAACGAGCGGAGAGCCUCCAAGGUCCUGGGCAUCGUCUUCUUUUUGUUCCUCAUCAUGUGGUGCCCGUUUUUCAUCACAAAUGUCAUGUCUGUCCUUUGCAAGGAAGCCUGCGAUAAAGACCUGCUGAGUGAACUCCUUGACGUGUUUGUUUGGGUGGGGUAUGUGUGCUCCGGCGUGAAUCCCCUGGUGUACACCCUCUUCAACAAAACCUACCGCAGGGCUUUCUCCAAUUACAUCCGCUGCCAAUACAAGCCCGGUAAAAAAUCAGCACUGCAGCAGAAUCAGUGUCUGAAUGUGGCUUCAACAGCGUUAUAUGGGAAAGACCUGACUUUAACUAGUUAUCGAAAUGGCAAUGACUUCAAUAGCAUGGAACUAGAUGAAGCUGAGGAGGGCCUUGAGAUGCAACCAGGGACUUCAGAGCUCUCCAUAAACAGCUGUAAUGUUGUAAGUGAACGAGUGAGCUGUGUGUAAAAGUGACUCUCACAGACCUUUGCUACGGUGUAUCUGUAGCCAAAAUAUAUUGUGUAAAAAUGUAAGCGUCGGUCAAAGGACAAUGUAAAUAUUGCAUUCUGAACAAAGCUUUGUUUUUUUUUUAAAGAGAAAAAAGAGUUGUCUUUCCAGUCCAGUACUUAAAAUAAUAUAUAUUAAUAUACUGCAGUGAAGUUUAAGGUUCUAUAUUUACUGUUAAUACUAGAUCAGAACUAUUAGUUACUUUGCAUAUGUCAUGGACAAAAUGUUUGAAUUCUUCUUCCAGUGCAUGAACAAAAAUGCUGAUUAUUUAUCUCAGGUGGAAUUUGCUGGAGUCCAGAAUGGCACGUUAAUAGUUAUAUAUCAAAUACAUGCUAUUAGACUUGGUCAGUAUAACUUUCUUUUUCAAGUUGACAGUAAAUAUAUACUUUAAAUCCUCACCCCUAUUUGUGCCGUGUAAAGACUUUACAGAAACCUGGCAGAGAGAUAUGAAAACAGCGUAGUGACCGUGCAGGCACCUGGCCAGACAUGUCCUGUUACGUGUAGUGGCUUCUGCCAUACUGGGUCAAUCUUGCACUUCAAGGGACCUUUGUUAGGUUCUGGCUCCCUCUCCAAUCCUGCUGUUUUCUUUCCAUUCCUCAGGAGGCUCUGGCUCCCCUAAGAAAGGUAGGGAAUAUGGUUUUGCAGUCCUGGCUAGGAUCACUUUCAGACUUGGAGAAGCAUGAGAAACAGAGCGAUCCCCAGUUAUCUAUUUCAAACAUUCAAUAAAUGGAAGGCCUAGGAUUUAUUAAAAGCCCUCCCUUGGUCUUGCAGCUAACCAUCAGCUCUGGGAUGGAGCAGGCUGUGCUCAGUGUGGCCAUCACUGCCUUCACAGAUUGUUGGAGGAUCAGGGGCCCUGGCCUCCUGAAGGAGAGCUCUCUGGCCUUGGAAGAGCCCAAAUCUCUGCUCUUCUCACUCCUCACAUCUUGUUAUGCUUUAGCUGGUUUAUCAUUUGCUUCUAUUCUCCAGCACAGUGCUGGUGGUAGAGCACUGCUGUGGGCACAGAGCAGAAGGUUCUCAGUGUGUGGUGCUGGCCAGGGUCGAGCUGUGAGGAGCAGGAUGUGCCUCCCUGCAGAAUGCUGGAGAGAGGUGUAAGCGAGGGUCCCUGCUCCUGUCUCAGGAGGGGGUGGGCAGAGCUGAACAGAGCAUUGGAAUCAUUUGCUGGUGACAUGGUUCUAAAGCAAAUGGUGACCAAGGACAGCAGGGAAGCAGGCCUGGAGGUAGUCUGCGUGGAAUAUGAAUCUGGAGUAACUUUUAAAUUUGAUUUAUUCCAUUUUACUCCCAAAGUAAAUUAGAGUAUAUCAUAUUAAUGCCACUUACAUCUCUAAUGAAAGCAUCCACAUUGGGAUUGAGUGCAUUUUAAGUAAUCUGCUUUUAAUACACACCAUGUAUAAUUUGAAUUAAUUUUCCUCUGCAUUCCUGUGUACACAAACCCUCCAAGGCACUGUGUCUUUCUGGCACUGUGCCUCUGGGGUGAUGCCUCUCAUGCAGAUUUCCUUAUGUGGAGUAUUGUCUGAUGCCAGAUAUCACCCAUAAGGUUUUUAUAUCUUCAUUAACUACUACACAGAUGCUGCAGUGCCCAUCUAACAUGGAUGCAUUUAGCAUCACUGACAGCCUCUGGCUAAGAUAAUUGUCGGAACAGAGAAGCUUACACUGGGCAUGGAUAAAUUGCAUUUUAUUUACAUGAAUUGCUUGUACUCUCAGCUUGUUGUGUUUAUUCCAUUAAAAUUAACUUGUAGAAGAACUGGAAAAUUCUGCCAGUGCUUGAGGUUGCACUGGCUGUGUGCAGCUACAACCUUGCUGAGGCCAAUACUAAAACACAACAUUUGGGUUGUAUCUGCUGCUGGGUUGAUCCCAGACUGGUGCACUGAAGUUGAAGGUCUUUUCUCCUUCAUCCCCUCCUGGGAUAAAUCCAUACUACUUUCCUGCAGGCAGAUGAGGCAUCCCAGUGCAGAGUGCAACUCACUGCUGGCAGAAGGCAGCAGAGCUGCUCCAUGUGCCAGCCUGCAGAUACCACCACAGGCCUGAAUGCUUGGGAAUCCACUUGCCUCUUGAAAAAGGUCAGGUAAUCUGUAGGAAAGCCUCUGUCCAGAGACACAAACUUGCACUUCAGUGACUGCCCUUUACCCUGAGUCAGAUUUUAUUAUUUCAAACAGUACAGAAAAAUCAGAAAAAUCACAGUGUAUUUUAAAUUUUUUUCCCCUUUGGGUGAAUUUAUAGCACAUCUCUUCCAGACACCUGUAUGUGUGUGUAUAUAUAUAUACACACACACGUGUAUAUCUUUAAGAACCAACCACAGACUUUGAAAGCAUUUAGCAAUAAGUUGAAUUACAGUAGCUUCUAACACGUGUAAGUUGUGUGAACAGCUCAUUUUCCACAGCAUCCUGGAGCUCAGUGUAAGUGCUCACACAGGCAUUGUCUUCGCAUAGGAGCCUUCACGUCUCACCCUUGCCGGUUCUGUUGUAUGGGCAAAAAGGGAACCUGCUAUAUUUGGAUGUAAAUAAUGAGUUGAACAGAGAAUUUUCAGAAUUUUUAUAAGCAUUUUUAAAAAAAUUCAGCACCAGAACUGUAAAUAUGCCAACCUCAGCUGGACCCGUUCUGAUGUCCAUCUCUUGUUUGGAUGAAGAGCCAAGGGGACUGCCUUACAGCACCUGUGUUCCUCCCAGCCAGCAGGGGAGAACAUUUCUCUGAAUGGUUAAAUACUGUCACGUACCCAACUUUCUUUGGGUCAUUCACAUCAGGGUUUUGUGAUGCUGCUAUUAAUUUAUUAAAGAAAGUUUGUUGAUUUAGUCA